AUGGAUUCGGCAGAGUUAGAAGCUUUUACUAACAAAUUCUCUCAUAGAAUACGUGGAGAGCAUUUGUUUAAAGGCAAUCUGUUACAUGUCGACAUGCUGGAUAAUGAAGAUGAACAAGACUUUAACAAUAUGAAACUUAAGAAAGAGGACAUUAUUGUAUCUGCAUAUCCUAAGUCAGGUACAACUUGGACUGAAGAGAUAGUUUGGCUCAUAAACAACAAUGGGGACAUUGAGGCCGCAAAGAAAACACCUUUAUACAUGAGAUUCCCAUUCAUUGAAGUCAAACAAGCUUUCUCUGCAAUCAGGACCAUGCCGAGCCCUCGAUUUAUCAAAACACAUCUAGAUUACCCAGCAUUCUCAGCGAUGUAUGAUUCUAAUCAAACUGAUCGCCCAAAGGUUAUCUAUGUUGUCAGAAACCCAAAAGAUGUUGCUGUAUCAUUCUACAACUUUUACAAAAUGAACAAAAAUUUAGGCAGUUUUACUGGCCCAUUCAGUGAAUUCUUGAGCAUGUUUAUGGAAGGUUACGUCGUCCUUGGAGACUACUUCAAAAAUGUCUUAGGCUGGUAUGAGGCAUCCAUCAAGGAUGAUCAUAUAUUGUUGGUCAAGUAUGAAGACCUCAAAACAUCCCCCUUGGAGCAAAUCAAGCAAAUUGCAGGUUUCCUUGAGAAAGAUCUUGGUGAUGACGUCCUUACAGCAAUAUGCGACCAUGUGUCUUUUGCAAACAUGAAGGCCAACCCCAUGGUGAACUACGAGGGGUUCCCGAUUAUGGAUCAUAAUAUUUCACCAUUUAUGAGGAAGGGGGAGAUUGGGGACUGGAAGAACUACUUCACAACUGAAGAAGAUGCUGCAUUUAUGAAAUUGUACCAGGAGAAAAUGAAGGACACGAGUCUCACAUUUGCCUUUGAAUAGACAUCAAUAUUAACAUUAACAUUGAAAAACCUUUAUUUUCUUGUUGGGUUAGAUGCUAAAAUUGACACCAGCGAUAUCCAAAAGUGCUUGACUGAAUCAUUAUCAAUUUAUUUAAGAGUAAUACAUAAUCGAGAAUUCAUUAAAAAAAAGUAUAAUGGGUAAAUUUUGCACUAAAUAAUCAUCUUUAUUGUGCUUUAUACUCAACAAUUAUUUGGUGAUGGCUAAAGAUAUAUUUAAAAUUGAA